AUGGCAGAGGAGAACACACUGAAUAACGAGGAGUACGACGCUGUUGUGCUGGGCACCGGGCUAGUCGAGUCGAUCGUGGCCAGUGACAUUGCAGCCGCGGAAAAGAAGGUGCUGCAUAUUGACCGAAACCCGUUUUACGGUGGCGACUACGCCAGCUUCUCGCUCAUCGGCUUCAUUGAGUGGGCGACUAGGCUUCGAGAUCGGAGUCAGGUCCCGGUAGUGGAUAUUGCUAUUGGUGAUGUUGAGAUGCAGCUUGGCGCACGCAAGAGCGGCGAGGUCUCGGCUAAUAAUCUGCUGCCAGAGACAGCGCAAGGCAGCUGUCAGGUAGGCGAGAUCCUGGCGAUGCUAUCUGAGUAUCUAAGCAGCGAACAGCUGGAACAGCUGAGCAAUUCUGAUGUACUCAAGAGGCUGGCAGGCGAGUCGCGCAGGUACGCACUCGAGUUAGCACCAAAGCUCACAUUCUGUCGCGGACCGCUUAUCGACGUGCUGAUUGCAGCGGGUAUGGCCGAGUACAUGGAGUUCAAGGGCGUCGAUGCGAAUCUGCUGGUGACUGAUGCUGGCGUUGAGCGGGUGCCGGACUCAAAGGAGGAGGUAUUUGCCAGUACUGCCCUGAAGUUGAUCGAGAAGCGCAAGCUGAUGCGGCUCCUGACAACAAUCAGUGAUCCGGAGCAGGUUUCUAAGCUGACCAGUGAGCAUGGCAACGAGGAUUUUGGCGAUCUUCUGAGGAAGCAGUUCAAGCUUGAUGGUAGUCUGCUGAACGCGGUUCUGUAUGCCGUGGCACGGGCGACCCGUCCGAUUUCUGUCAGCGAGGGGUGUGCACGGGUGGAGAAGUAUCUAAAGUCGAUAGGGCGUUAUGGCCGCAUGGCAUUCCUGAGCUCCAUGUAUGGCAGCGGGGCUGAGGUCGCACAGGCAUUUUGCCGCUCAUGUGCAGUCGCCGGCGGUACAUAUAUCCUGUCUGAGUCGAUCAAGCAGAUUGAGAAGACAGAGUCAGGUUAUGUAGUUGAGUUGAGUCAUGGCAGGGUAACAACAAAAUCCCUCAUUAUGCAUCCGUCGUACCUGUCAGAUGCCACAGAAUCCGAGACUGAAGUACCAAUCGCUCGCAGGUUCACAGUCCUGGAUUUUCCAGCACUAGGUGAAGAUACGACCAGCAUGCUGAGCUUUGUCGAGGGUAGCCACGUGGUUUCUAUGCUCUACCUAACGAGUGCCACAAUGGUUGUUCCCAAGGGCAAAUCUUUGAUGUAUGCGUGGACAGAAGGCCGGUAUUCGCAGUCGAAGGAGUUGCUGGACCGAGCCAUUGAUAGCGCUGUUGGUGACAAGGCGCACCGGAUGCUGAGUGUUGGGUUUGAGUGCCGUGCACUGGCUCCAAGAGGCGGUUAUACUUGUACCCCUGGCAUGGCUGAUGAGUCGGUGGAUUUGGAUUCGGCAGUCCAGGCAGCACAGCAAAUUCUAGAUGCGUUCUUUGGUAGCGGUUCCAAUGAAUAG